UCCAAUUGCAGAAAGUUCCCACACCAUGGCUUCUAAAAGCUGCUGCCGAACCUUCACAGCAUUGGAAAGGGUUCUUAUGGUUCUGUUUGUGUUGAUGACAGGAGUGAGUGUGGGGCUUAUCAUCGUCAUGGCGGUCAGCAGGAGCUCAGAUACUACUGAUCUCCUGACAACCACUCCAGCUCCCCCUCCUACCGGACCUGAGAAACCCAAGCCUAGUGAGAAACCCAAGCCUAGUGAGAAACCCAAGCCUAGUGAGAAACCCAAGCCUAGUGAGAAACCGUCUGACGGCUCUUACCUGAUUGGUGUGGGUCGAGCAGACUGUACUGGACCUGUGGCAGAGGUUCCAUUGAUGGGAUACGCCAGUCCUGACCAGACAGCAGGAGGGAUCCACACCCGCCUCUACAGCCGAGCUUUCAUAGUGGCAAAUAACUCUGAGCGGGUUGUGUUUGUUAGUGCCGACAUAGGCAUGGUUUCACAGAGACUGAGGCUAGAGGUGUUGAAGAAACUGCAGAAUAAAUAUGGGGACCUCUACAGACAAGAAAAUGUGGUCCUGAGCGGCACUCACACUCACUCUGGUCCAGGAGGUUACUUCCAGUACACGCUGUUCAUUAUCACCAGCAAAGGCUACAUCAAACCAUCCAUCAACGCCAUUGUAAAUGGUAUUGUAAAGAGCAUUGAUAUUGCCCAUGGUAACUUGAAAGCUGGGAGAAUCUUUCUUAAUAAAGGAGAAGUGGAAAACAGCAAUUUGAAUAGAAGUCCACAUUCCUACCUUAACAACCCCGAAGAAGAGAGGAGGAAGUAUAAAUCGAACACAGAUAAAGAAUUGGUGGUGCUGAAGAUGGUAGACUCGGACGGCAAUGGUCUUGGAUUGCUGAGUUGGUUUGCAGUUCACCCGGUCAGCAUGAACAACACCAACCGCAUGGUCAGCAGUGACAACAUGGGCUAUGCUUCUUACUUAUUUGAACAAGAGAUGAAUGCUGGUUCUUUACCUGGACAGGGUCCAUUUGUAGCAGCCUUUUCGUCCAGCAACUUGGGAGACGUUUCUCCCAACACCAAGGGACCUCACUGCAUCAACACAGGAGAGUCUUGUGACAAUAUCAACAGCUCUUGUCCCAUCGGUGGGUCAAACAUGUGCAUGGCCAUUGGUCCUGGAGUUGACAUGUUUGAAAGCACCAAGAUCAUUGGAGGGACCAUCUUUAAUAAAGCAAAGGAAUUGUACAGGACAGCUCAGCAAGAGGUUACAGGACCUCUCAAUGCAGCCCAUCAGUGGGUAAACAUGACAGAUGUCACAGUGCAGCUCAAUGCAACACACACAGGUAAAACUUGCAAGCCGGCUCUGGGACACAGCUUUGCUGCAGGCACUAUAGAUGGAGUCGGUGGCUUGAAUUUUACCCAGGGGUCUGUAGAAGGGGAUCCAUUUUGGGAUGGCAUUCGGGAUGCACUUUUAGGUUCUCCUUCAAAUGAAACCCAAGACUGCCAUCACCCCAAACCUAUCCUCUUCAGCACAGGAGAGAUGAAUGUACCCCUUCCAUGGCAUCCUGCUAUUGUUGAUGUCCAGAUCAUUACUAUUGGGUCCCUGGCAAUUGUGGCUAUUCCUGGAGAGUUUACUACCAUGGCAGGGAGGAGAAUGAGAGAAGCAGUCAAAAACGAAUUGGAAUCUCGAGGGAGUUUGGGACAGGUGGAGGUUGUCAUUGCUGGACUGUGCAACAUAUACACUCACUACAUCACCACCUAUGAGGAGUAUCAGAUCCAGCGUUAUGAGGCGGCAUCAAAUAUUUACGGCCCCCAUAGUCUAUCAGCUUAUAUACAGCUGUUCAGCAGUCUGGCCAGAGCGAUAGCCGAGAACAAAGUGGCCGACUUACCAAAAGGUCCUGAGCCGCCAUUCUUCAGUAACAGCCAGCUGAUAUCUCUGUUACCUUUAAACCCAGUGGACAAAACGCCAUUAAACACAUCAUUUGGAGAUGUGCUGAUCCAAACACUACAGUCAUACAAACGGGGAGAAGUGGUUGAAGUGACGUUUGUCAGUGGAAACCCGAGAAACUCUGCUGACAUGGCUGAGAAAACAUUCCUUACAGUGGAGAAGUAUGAAAACAUGACAAAUAGCUGGAAAGUAGUACAUACUGAUGCAUCGUGGGAGACUAGAUUCCACUGGAUUAAAGGGACAGGUGGUCAGAGCAAUGUCACAGUGGAAUGGCAUGUCCCCAGCACCGCUCACCCUGGCACGUACAGGAUACAGCAUUUUGGUCAUUACAAAGAACGACCAAGCUUUCCUCCGGUAAUGAAACCUUAUGAAGGGUCAUCUGGAAGUUUUGAGAUCUACAACUGAAACCCUAAAGGAGUCAGUGUCAGUGACUUAGAUUGAUGAGGUUGUACUACAAACCCCAUUUUCUGUCAUUCAUUCCUCAAUGCUUUCUGCUUGUAUUCUAAUCUAAAUUGAUUCAUACACAUAAUGGUACUUUUGACAGUGGAGAAAAAUUGUUGUAAAAAUGUAAUAAAAAUGUUGAUGUAGAUGUGCCCUAGAUACAACUGAAUUUGGGGUGGCCUUAAAUAUGCAUACACUGACUUUACAAGAUGUCUGCCUUCAGAAAAUGUACCCAAGAAUAAAUAAAAUCCUGCAAAGCAUAUUGUCAGUUUUAUUUGGAAAUACAAACUCUAAAAUACAUGUACAUCUAAAUUGAAUGGGAAACUUUUUAAAACAAAACAUUUAAAAACGUUUAACAUGUGCAUAAAAAAAUGUUUUUUUUUUUUGAAUAAUAAACUCAGAACAUUGUGUUGUUUUGCACUGCCAGUGUUUUCCUCGAGUGUGUUUUAACGUUGUUUAAAUUGUUUUUAUUUCUUAGCAGACGUCCUUAUCCAGGGCGACUUACAAUUG